AUGAAGCCCUGCGCUGUCUCAAGCGGGGCCACGCUCCGCAGCACUGGCGAUGUGAGCUGCAGCGGCGCGCGCGGCGACGCGAGCGCGGCGCUCGACGCCGCCUCCGGCUGCGAGGCGGACGCGGCGGCCGUGAUUGCCGUGGUCACUCUGAUGAGCAACAACAAUGCCGCCAGCGGCAAGCAGUUCCUGAUUAAGAACGCCGGCGCCAAGCGCCCCUGCGGCGGCCGCGGCGGCCGUGACAUGCGCACGCCCGCGGAGCGCGUUCAGGGCGCGGCUCACAAGCUGCGCAAGGAGGCCGGCCGGGCGGCCGCGGCUCUCAAGGGCGCCUUCUGCAUGCGUGCGCCUGCGGUGUACUGA